UGCGGAGGACUUUGUGCGUGGUUAUUAUGCGCUGGCAUCGGAAUUACCAUUUCUUUGCGUUCCGGCUCUCAAACUACCGAGUUAUUUGGAUGGAUUGGAAGCUGCUGCGGCUUGGAAGUAGGCCUGUUCAUCGCGACUAAGACUUCCAACGUUUCCGAUCCUGUGCCAGAGUCUGAGCUUCGGCAGAAGACAACUAAAAAUGCAAAAUAUAAAGAUAUAAUAAACUGCAAAAUAUAUAUUUUUGAGACGUUUCCAUGCAUGCAGGUGUAA